AUUGCAUGAUAUACCUACUUCAUAGUUCAUGCGUUGUGCACUUACCUAUAUUAUAUUUUAUCAAUGGUACAAGACAUAUUUAGACAACACAAAUUUGCUCGACACUCGUGGUAAGUACCUAUUCGAUGUUGCUGAAUAUCAUGACGGCGGUACGUGCAGAUUUGGAUUCACCGUUCACGUAAUCGAAAGUCUUUAAAACGAGACGAGUAGACGACGACGUCGACGCAUCGACGAUUGGCGAGUCAGUACUCAGUCAACUUGACACUAUAGUAGUUUUCACGUGAAAGUUGUUAUCGUGUUCCCAUCAAUAAUAGUUCUUUAGUAUUUUUCUAAUGAUUCAUAUUAAAUAUUUUUGAGUAAUAAGGUUUUAUUGAUUAGGGGAACCGUAUUCGACGCAUUCUUUUAUAAUAAACAAAUUUAUUGUAGUUUGAAUAAACAAGCCACACUAGAAAUCAUCAAUUGUUUAACAUCCCUAAUUCAACUUCAUAUGAAAAAAUCAUCACCUCCACACAAUACUUCACCAUUUAAAUAGAUCACAAUGAAUACGUGCUCUGAUAUAUUAAAAGACUUUGAAUCGGGACCACUAGAUGUUUAUAGAAAAAAUUCUACAAUCAACUGGAAAAAAAUGAGAGUUUUCAUAGAAUCUGAAGAUAUUUUACGAUACAAGAUGAGAGCUUGGAAAACGUUUGAAUCUGAUCCACUAUUCCAACAUUCUAAUGAAACUUUACCAUUAGAUGAACAACGAAGAUUAGCAUUAUUAAGAAUGUAUAGAAUUGUAGAAUCAAAAGUAUUUCCAUUUGAAGAAAUAAUGUCUAGUCCCAAACUGGCUUUAGCAAAAAUAGUAGCAAUGUUUCAAUAUUGUCCGUCUGUUGCAAUAAAAGUCGGAUUGACUUUUGACAUGUUCUCUAAUGUCAUAUUCAGUAUGGAUAAUGGAAGAAAUUCUAAUCUAUAUGAAAAUGCUCAGGAAGGAAAAGUUCCUGGUUGUUUUGCACUUACAGAAAUUUCACAUGGUACAAAUACUAAGGAAAUGAGAACUACAGCUUUAUAUGACAAUAAUUUAAAACAGUUUAUUUUACAUACUCCUGAUUUUGAAGCAGCAAAAUGUUGGGUUGGUAGUUUAGGAAAAUCAAGUACACACGCAAUAAUAUGGGCCAAAUUAAUCAUGAGUAAUGGUGAUGAUCAUGGAUUACAUGCAUUUGUAGUAAAUAUACGAGAUCCAAAAACAAUGUUACCUUACUCUGGAGUCAUAGUUGGUGACUUAGGAGAAAAAGCCAGUUUGAAUGGUGUUGAUAAUGGAUUUAUAAUGUUUAACAAGUUUUGUAUACCAAAAGAAAGUUUACUGAGUAAAACUGGAGACAUAAAUGAAGAUGGAAAAUAUGUUUCGCCGUUUAAGGAUAAAUCAAAACGAUUAGGAGCUUCUUUGGGCAGUUUAUCAGUUGGACGAUUAAGUAUUGUAAAUAUAUGUGUAGCAUACAUCACAAAAGCUGUUCCAAUAGCUAUAAGAUAUACAGGUGUUAGGAAACAGUUUGGACCCCCUAAUGGUGAUGAGUUACCAGUCUUAGAGUAUCAAUUAGUACAAUGUAGAUUGAUCCCAAAUUUGGCAGCUGCAUAUGCAUUAAAAAUUUAUGGUGAUUACGUGGCUAAUGUAUAUGAAUCAUUUUUAAUUGAGAUGUUCUCCAACAGUGGUUCAGAAAAAAUUAGAUUGCUUGGCACAGAGAUACAUGCAAUAUCUAGUUGUACCAAACCUAUAGCUGCGUGGACAUGUCGAGAUGCAAUACAAGAGUGUAGAGAAGCAUGCGGUGGUCACGGUUAUUUAAAAGCUGCUGGGCUUAGUGAACUGCGUAAUGCAAAUGAUGCUAACUGCACAUAUGAAGGUGAUAAUAAUGUAUUAGUACAACAAACCAGUAAUUGGCUAUUAAAUAUAUGGACAAAUUUACUGAAUGGAAAUACAAGUUGUUGUGAUACUCCAUUGGGUACUAUAGAGUUUCUUAAAGAUGUGAAAACUAUACUAAGUGAAAAAUUCAAAUUAUCUAGAGUAGAUGAAGUAUUCACUCAUAUGCAUUUACUAUCUUGUUUUCAAUGGAUGAUAUGCUAUCUAUUACGUCAGACAUAUGCACAAUUGCAACUAUUAAAAGAUCAAAGAAAAGAUUUAUUUACAGCGAAAAAUGAUUCCCAAAUGUUCUUUGCUAGGGAUCUGUCAAUAGUAUUUGCUGAAUACUUAAUUUUGAAAAAGUUUAUUGAAACAACAUCAUCUCCAAAUUUAGAUGAUGCACACAAAGUAGUAUUACAUAAACUUGCUUCACUUUAUGGAUUUUGGCUAGUUGAAAAACAUUUGUCAAUUAUGUAUGAAGGUGGCUAUGCUAAUGGGCCAUUAGCAUCUGUAAUAGUUAAAGGAUCCAUAAUAGAUUUAUGUUCAAGUCUUAAAAAUGAAGCAGUGACGCUUGCUGAUGCUAUAGUGCCUCCAGAUUUUAUUCUUAAUUCAGUGCUGGCUGCUUCAAAUGGACGGGUUUAUGAUAACUUAAAAGAUUUAUUAUUUGAAGAUAAAUCGACAUUUGAAAGACCUACUUGGUGGACAGAGAUAGCAGUACGAUCGAAAUUAUAAAUUUAAGGAUAGUAAGAAGCAGUUAUUUUAACACGUUGACUGCAUAUGUUUUUUUGCAGUUUUCACCCAGUGCAUUUGGUUAGAGGUAAAAAAUGCGUUUAAUCCAUACUAAAUAAUAAUAAAAAAAUAUUCAGCCACGGGUCAAGAAUAACAAACUAUCUACUAUUUUUUAGCAUCAAAUGCAUUGCUGAUUGAUCCUCAUAACGCAAAUUUGCGUUAAUAUGUAGUCAACGUGUUAAGUAUCGAAUUUGUAAAACUAACUAGGUUUAUUCAAGUUUUUUUUUUGUCAAAGGUUCUUUUUUAUUAUGAAUAAGUAUUAUUGGUUUUAAUCUAUAUUUUUGUUUUAAAUUACAUGGUUUUUU